UGCCAUUGAAACGGUAGCCAUAUUUUUUUACUCUAAAUAAUUAUUUUAAAAAUGUACAAUUUAUUGUUUUGUAUUAAACUAGUUGAUAAAAAUGAAUGAAGUGCUAGUGCUUCACAUACCUCAGGACUCGAUAUAACUAGAAUAAGGCAAUUUAGGUAAAUUACUUAAUAGGAAAAUCGUUAUUGUUUACAUAAUGUCACCACAAUCAGAAGCGAGUCAAUGAACUUUAAAAAUUUAGACAAUUUUUUGAAUAAACUCGACUAUACAAACCUAUGAGGACUGUAGAGAUUGUAUUUUUAUGGGUAAUGAGACUGUUACCAUCAUGGAGACCGAAUCUGUAAAGUCGGAAAACAGUUCAAGAUCUAGACGGUCUCGCAGUCACAGGGACAGGAAUAACUUCAGGCAACAUUCUCACAGAAGUACCAGGAGCAGUAAAAGUCGAAAAAACGACGACAUGGCACCAUUCCAGACCGCUGUAACCUUAACUCCGGACAACAGAGAUGGACAGGAAGUCAUCGAAGUCCAGAUCCUACCUCAAGACGACAACUGGGGUGAAAACACUACUGCCAUCACAGGAAACACCUCAGAACAGUCCCAGUCAACAGAAGACGUGAGUAACUGGCCUGGUGAGCCUGACACAGGCAUAGGUUUCAUGUGCCAGCGCUAUGUAGGCGCUGUCAUAACCUACGUCCUCUCAACCGUAGCUUUCCUUAGCCCCCUUGCCAUGGUAGUUUUUCCAAAACUAGGCUUCUUUCCAGCACUGUCAAACAGACUAGGACUAGCCGAUGGAGACAGACUCUUAGCUUGCGGAGCUGAAUGUAAAGGCCAGCUCGUUUCUUUAGCGUUUAAAAUGACCAUUUUAGCCAUAGGAGCGUGGGCGGUGUUUUUAAGGAAGCCCCACGCCACUUUACCCAGGUUUUUCCUGUUUAGAGCUGGAGUUUUAGUGUUUGUUUUGGUCUGUACUUUCUCAUAUUGGUUGUUUUAUAUUGUUCAAGUGACUGAGACAGCUAGAGCUGCCACAACACCCGAAGAAACGGUUGAUUAUAAGGCUCUAGUUGCUUAUGCUUUGAGUUUGACCGAUACCUUACUGUUUAUACACUAUCUAGCAGUAGUUUUGGUUGAAAUAAGGCACUUACAGCCAUUGUAUUAUAUUAAAAUAGUCCGGAGCCCUGAUGGGGCUAGUAAAGCCUACGGUAUCGGUCAGUUAAGUAUCCAAAGAGCAGCUGUAUGGGUCCUGGAAAAAUACUACACAGAAUUUCCGAUAUAUAACCCAUAUUUAGAACGAAUUCCUGUAUCAAAAUCACGCAAAACUUCAACUAGUUUCAAGUUUUAUGAGGUAGAUGGUGUCAAUAACACUCCAAUGCAACAAUCUCAAUCUAGGGCUAUGCUAGCUGCUCAUGCUAGAAGACGGGAUUCUAGCCACAAUGAGCGUUUCUAUGAGGAGCAUGAGUAUGAAAGAAGAGUUAGAAAAAGGAGGGCUAGAUUAGUUACAGCAGCCGAAGAAGCCUUUACACACAUCAGAAGGCUUCAUCACGAUCAAAUCUCAGCUAUACCGAUGGAUCCUCACGAAGCAGCUCAGGCAAUAUUCCCUUCUAUGGCCCGCUCUUUACAAAAAUACCUCAGAAUCACUCGCCAACAACCUCGCCAUACUGUCGACUCGAUUUUAGGUCAUUUAGCCCACUGUCUUAGUCACGAUCUCACUCCCAGGGCUUUUUUGGAACCAUUCCUCGUCACUGAACCCGUUCUGCAGAACGAUAAAGAACAGAAAGGGGUUCAGACGUGGGCUCUGAUUUGCGAAGAGCUUCUCACAAGGCCUAUAGUGGACGGGGUGUCGUUUCAGUUGAGGCAAAACGACGUUUCGUUGUUGUGCGUCAUAAAAAAAUUGCCCCACUUCAACGUGACCGAGGAGGUGGUGGAUCCGAAAAGUAACAAGUUUGUUUUGAGACUGAACUCCGAGACGUCGGUAUGACCUUUGUACACAUCCCUCGAUCGACUGAUUUAGUUUGUUUAAGUUAUAUCGGUUUAGUUUAAUUUUUUUAAUAGGCAGAAUUCGUAUUUAAAAAGAAUUAGUAAUUUUAUAGAUUUAUUUUUAGAAAUUUUCGUACGAUCGAAAAAAAAACCUGUCGUAGUAGCCAUUGAAGUAAUAUUCGAUGAUAGUUUUUGUCAUAUAUAUUUAAAAAGAAAUCUUAAUUUCAUAGGUUCAUUUUUAAAAAUUUCCGUAUGAUCGAAAAAAAUGACGUCAUAGUAGCCUAUGAAAUAAUAUUGGGUGAUGAUUUUUCGUCGUGCCGAUUGCUGUUAUUUUUUAAAAAUUGACCUUAGAAAUUCGUAUUUAAAAUUAAGUAAAUAAAAAGAAAUGUUAAUUUUAUAGGUUUAUUUUUCGAAAUUUACGUAUGAUGAAAAAAAAAGAUGUCGUAAUAGCCUUUGAUAUUCGGUGAUAAUUUUUGUGGGACCGAUUGCUGUAGUAGCCUUUGAAGUAAACAAAAUUUUCACUGAAUAGAUAAUUUUUGUCAUUUAUAAAGAAAUCUUAAUUUUAUAGGUUGAUUUUUAAAAAUUUCCGUAUGAUCAAAAAAAAAUUAUGUCACAGUAGCCUACGAAAUAAUAUUGGGUGAUCAUUUUUUGUCGUGCCGAUUGCUGUUAUUUUCUAAAAAUCGACAUAAGUAAUUCAUAUUUAAAAAGAAAUGUUAAUUUUAUAGAUUUAUUAAAAAAAAAGAUGUCAUGGUAGCCUUCGAAUAAUAAUAAUUCGGCUCGUAAUUCUCUGUUAUUUAUUAAAAAUUGACAUAAAAAAUACAUAUUUAAAAAGAAAUGUUAAUUUGAUCGGUUUAUUUUUUAAAAUUACGUUACUGUUCAUCUUCAUUGUCAUUUAAGGGGUUGUUACGACGGCUUUUUUUUCAAUUAUAUUUCAUACGAUCAAAUAAAACGACAACCCAGUUAACGUUGAAAUGAAGAUCCCUGCCAUUUUAUAUUCAAAAAUUUUAUUCUGCAUGUUAACGAUCCUCAUUUCCAAGCCCACUUGACGCCUUUUUUUCGAUCAUGCAGGUCUUGACGUAUUACUGGUGGUAUACUUAAAGGGGCUAAAAUAUUUGUACUCUGGUAAGCACAUAGAUCAAUAAUUUUUUGUUCCUAAGAAUUCUGCCUUUUUAUGACAUAACUAUUUUUAUUUAACACAAAAAAUAUAUACAAGGUGUUCAGUUAACUAAACAUAGUAUUAUUAUUUAACUCGAAAAUAGAGCCAUUUCUCUAAAACAAGGACUUAUUUUUUUAUAUUUUAUACACGUAAGUACUUUUUUUCACUGUUCUACUUAAGUUCUUUACAUUCCUUAUUUUUAUCUAGUUAAUAUUCUAGUUAGACUACUCGAAUCUAGUGUUUAAGUGUCAAAAAUUAUUGACAUAUCAAUUUUGUAUCCAAGAAAAUGUUUAGAACGAAGUAAGAUAUCUUUGAAGAGAUCUUUUUAGAUAGGUAGUAGGACGAAAUUUUUUGAAAUCUAUUUUAAGAAUAACAAUUUUUUUAUUGUUGUUUGACCAAAGAUACUCGGUAGAUAGGUUAAAAAUAAAAUGGCAAUAGGAAUAUAUUUUUUCGGCCAUUUCUGGCAUCAUUUUUAUAAAGGAUGCCUUAACAUAUUGUGCCUCAACUUAGAUGUAAACUUGAACAAGAACAAAAAAAUAACAAAAUAUCAACCCAAAAGCACAAGUUGUUAUUUUUCUACAAUGCACAAGAAACUAAACAAUAAAUAAAAUAUUCAUAUUUCUUUUUUUAAGUAAUAUUCAUAUCAAUAAAUAUGUAAUUUAUUGUAAUUGUAUCUUUAUAUUUCUUAAAAUAAUAAAACAAUUCAUGUAGGGUGUUUUCUACGUAAGGUAAAUUAUUUAGAAUUUUAGAAUCAGAGUUAAAAAAUGUUGCGCCUUACUUAGAUUACACCCUGUAUAUACACAAAUAUUUUAAGCUGAAGUCAUGUUGUGAUAUUACGUUUUCUGUGACGCUCAAUUUUUUUCACUACUUAUAUACUACUGUACUUAAUUUAUUUUCUCAAGUAACUCAUAAGAAUCUUGCACAAUUACUUUUAAGGAAUAUCUGCUAAAGCCACGUCUACACGUUACGUUUUACUUGUCAGGAAAGACGGAUUAAAGAGAUUAAGGAGUGUAAA